AUGCCGUUUCUCAAGGACGGAUCUGGUUCACCUUCAAACUCCGAGAGAGACUUUGAUGCAUUCGAAAAACUUGUGGAGGACCUCAGGACUGCCCUGGGCUCAAGCUCCGGUCUCGACUCCGAUGAUGUCGACCCUAUGAACAUCCAGCAACUGAUGGAGAAGUACAUUUCCAAUUCAUCAGAGUGGGAAUCCUACGCCCUGGGCGAUACCAGCAGGGCUUACACAAGGAACUUGAUUGACGAGGGAAAUGGCAAGAGCAACCUGCUAAUUCUUGUAUGGUCUCCCCAGAAGGGAAGCGCCAUUCAUGACCACGCCAACGCACACUGCGUUAUGAAGAUCCUUAAAGGAAAGCUCCAAGAAACACUCUACUCUUGGCCGGACCAAGAAAAGAUCAGAGAAGGGCAGACUUCUCCACCACAGGUCACUCGGCAGACCGUCUACGGCGAGAACCAAGUUACUUACAUGUCCGACAAGCUUGGUCUCCACAGAAUCUCCAACCCAGACCCUGACGACUUUGCGAUCUCACUCCAUCUCUAUACCCCCCCCUAA